AUGUCCAACCCAUCUUCAAACCGCUCCACCCCCAUCCCUCGCGGCCGGCCCGCGCCUCGAGCUGGCUACACGCGCAAGUCCAAGGCCGAGCGUGAGCGCUAUGCCGCCGAGCAAGCCGAUCGCGAAAAACAACGAAACCCCACACCCUCUGAUCCUUUGAGCUCAGCCCGCGGCCGCGCUGGGGCCAGAGGGGCGGGACAGGCGGGCAGAGGCGGCACGAACCGGGAGCAGGGCCACCAAAGAGGCGAUGGCACCGGUUUCAGCGUCUUUGGUGGGAACAUUGGUGCUGCUAAGACACGGAACAAAGAUGCUGCGCAGGGGCGAGAAGAGUGGCUAGCGGGCGGAGCAAGAACGAAGGAAGAGAUCGAGCAACAGGCGGCCAGUGCUGCACAAGUUCAGGCUACAUCGUCCGGAGGGAAGGGGCUUGUGACGGCAGACGUGAGCGCCAGUGGUGUUGUGACUGUAGGAAAGGGAACGUCUGGGCCAGGAGUGUAUGAGAUUGUGGUUCCGGAGGACGAUGAGGGUGAGGUGGAGAGGAGGGACAUAGAACGGAUUUGGAUCAGCAGCGACGAUGAGGCUGCAGAUGCCGAGAUCGAGGAUGAACAAGAAGAUGAUAUUGUCACUUCUAAAGGCAAACGAAGAGCAGACAGCGGUACCAAACCCAGAAUACGCAAGAGUGCUGGCGGCGGAGGAGGCUUGAGGCCAGUGCGCGCCCCACGAACGCGAGUCGACACAGACGAUCUCCAGGACGAAGACACGAAAGGCAAAAGAGCAGGAGCCUUGCGGAAGCCGAAGCGCGAGGCUGCCGCUGCGCAAGUCAUUCUCGACGACUCGGACGCGAUGGAGGUUGACCCGCCUGUCAUAUCCACUGCAGACAACGACGACGGACAGCCCCUCAAGUCUCCGCCCUCCUCUCCAGAAGUCAAGAAGAAGGCUCUCGCUGCGACCACACGACGCCUUUCCGGGCCCCGCACCAAAUCCGCUGCUGGUCAUCAAGAGACGCAAGAAGAGCGUGCUGAGCGCCUGCGCGUCGUAGAUGACACGAACAAACUCCUCUCCAUCUUCGCUCCCAACCAUCUCACCACCGGCACGAUGACAGCUGCCAGCAAAAACAAAGCCAAAGCUAAAGCCACAAUCCAGGCCCUCGAAGAAGGCAAGCUCUUUCUGAUGCAGUUCCCACCCAUCACGCCCCUGCUCGUCAACCCCGCCGCACACGUGGAGACCGACGGCGACGGAGAAGGCGACGACGUGAAAGUCAAGUCGGAACACGAAGUCGGCACUGCUUCCACAGCCCCACAGCAGCAGAAAGGAGCAACCACGCACAAGAGCUCCGGCCAGGCAGUUCCGCAGCCAUCCUCGGGGCUCCUGACGGCGGACUCGACGGCGAAGCUCCCGCACGGCCGCGUCGGUAAGCUCAACGUGCACGCCUCAGGCAAGAUCAGCUUGGACUGGGGCGGCUGCUCGUUGGACGUCAAGCUUGGCACCGAGGUGGACUUUCUGCAGGACGCCGUGCUCUUGGAGCAGCGAUUGCAGCCAGAGCAGGGCCAGCAGGACGGCACGGCGGAGGCGGCAGCAGCAGCACGAGACGAGGACGAGGCGAUGGAGAACGGUGAGGAGGACACGGAUAACGAAAAGGGGAAGAGGGGCAAAGAGAAAGAUACAGACGAAGCUACGAACGCAAAGGCAUAUCCUCUUGGACAGGUGCAUGCCAAACUGGUCGUGACGCCGGAUUUUGCACGACUGUUCGAUUGA